CGUCUCUGCCCAGUUUCCCUUGGAGGAAAACUGACCCACAUUUCAGAUUUCAACACGCAGUCGGAGGAAAAAUCCACGGCGAUGUAUGAAUUCUGCGCCAGCAUUAACCACAGCUCCAGCUGAGUGGACUUUGGUUGGCAAACUCAAGUUUAACCCACGAUUCAAAGAAAAUACACAAAACACAGAUCACAUGGAAGUCUGCGUGAACGUCAUCCACGCACAGGCACAAAGGGGCCCUUGAACUGCCGGAUGAGUCUCUGAUUAGCUGACAGGUCGGUGGUGAGGGAGGCGUCCCCAUUCGUGUCAGCUCACCCAGCCGCACAAGAAAGCACUUCAGAUCGGUUUAGGUGUGCCGUGAGGUCCAGUAGGGUUCUGGCGUCUCUCUCUCUCUCUCUCUCUCUGUCAAGAUGUCCUGGACUCGAGUUGUCGUGCUCUCUUUGCUCACCACCCUCCUCUUCCUCACCUUUUCCAGUGUGGUGGAUAGUGCAGCAGUCCGGGACGAUGCCAAAGCAGGCCAUUCUAAAGGGCCAGCGCGGCAGGUGUUCGUGCCCGAGACGGAAGCGUCCAACUUCUUCAAACGCCGCAGUCGCCGCUCGCCUCAAUCCUAUGCUGAGCUCCAAGCUGAGCAGCGGGUGAGGAUUGCCGCGAACGAGCGGUGGAGGGAAUACAAUGAGGAGCAGAGGAAUGAGCGCGAGAACUACGCCGAGGAAGCACGCGAUGAGACAGAAGAGAGAUCAAGGGAGACGCACGAGCAGAUACGGGAGUAUCACUAUGAUGGCCUCUAUCCUCGCUACCACUGGUUCCACUGAUCGUACUGUAUCGCGUGGAGGGCCGGGCUACAGCACCUCUCAUCGGAGCAUCACCUAUACCCUAGUUAUCUCCUUGUUUUACAGUACUUUAAUCUACAAGAGACAGGUUAUCUCUUUCCUUUGUUUAUUAAAACCUUAAUGGUGCCUCCAUUUCAAACUGUAAAAUGUAUUAAAAGUGCAGUUUUUGUAUUGUGAGCCAACUUUAUCAUAUAAAAUGGAGGCAUACAUUUUACAUGGUUGGUCUAAACCGCCUUUUCUGCAUGUACAUACACGCUAUACGAUGUCAGCCUGAGGCUUUUUCUCAACAGUCUGAAACGUAUUUUAUGUCCGAGGUUGAAAUAAAGAGGCGUCUGACUUCACCAGA